AUGGGCCUGACCGUAAAACCAGACCCGGAUCGGAAGCUUAAUAGAGAAAGAGUAGAUACAACAGCUCCUCUUCAACCUACAAUGGCGACUAUUCAUGAUGAUGAUGAGCUGUUGCUGGCUCGCAUCGGCUAUAAGCAGGAGUUACGACGAGAGUUCUCCAAAUGGUCGACCGUCUCAUAUGCUAUCUCUAUUCUGGGAGUCCUCGGCUCCGUGCCGGCGACAUUUGGUGCGCCGCUAUCGGCUGGCGGCCCAGCAACAGCUGUAUGGUGCUGGUUGAUCGGUUCAUGCAUGGCUAUGUGCAUUGGAAGCUCCGUGGCAGAGUUAGUGUCGGCAUAUCCCACGGCUGGAGGGAUGUACUUUGUCACAAAACACGUCGUACCUCCCGACCAGGUCCCUAUUUUCUCCUGGAUCCAGGGUUGGUGUAACCUCCUUGGACAGACAGCAGGAGUCUCCAGUGUGGCAUACACGGUCAGUCAGAUGUUGCUGGCCUGUAUCAGUAUGAAUUCGGAUCUUAUCGAUGGCAAGUAUUCGUACGCACCGACGGCGCUGGAGACCGUUCUAGUAUCAAUCGCAAUUCUAUGCAUCCUUGGGGUGAUUUGUUCAUUGACUACGAAAUCCUUGCACCGAAUUAUUCUUUGGUUUGCUCCCAUAAAUAGUGUGUAUCAGGGAACUUGUUAUUGGAUUUUUACUAAUGCGUUCACAGUUGGUGCGACUAUCUGCAUCUGCAUUGCGCUGAUUACCCUUACGCCUAAUCUACAGCCAGCGUCCUGGGUCUUUGGCCAUUUCACUGAUGGCUCAGGAUGGGGCUCAAAAGUCUUUUCUUUUUUCCUGGGCUUUUUAUCUGUUGCCUGGACAAUGACCGACUACGAUGGGACGACACAGUAUGCGACCCCAAAAUCCACUUUUAGUAGUUUACAUUCUAACGUUCUAACCUUUCACCCUUAUUGUAGUAUGUCUGAAGAAACUCACGAUGCAGCCGUGCGAGGACCAGUUGCUAUCCAAACAGCCGUCCUAGUAUCUGGGGCACUUGGAUGGCUCCUAACCGUCUCAAUGUGCUUCUGUAUAACCGAUUUUGAGGGAAUUCUAACCUCGCCUACCGGCCUUCCCGCAGCCCAGAUCUUCCUAAAUGCCGGUGGCAAGCGAGGUGGCACGAUCAUGUGGGCAUUUGCCAUUUUGGUUCAAUUCUUCACAGGUUGUUCAGCCAUGCUGGCAGACACAAGGAUGGCCUAUGCCUUUGCCCGAGACGAUGCGCUUCCAUUUUCCAAAUUCCUUUCCAAGGUCAAUUCUCGCACCCAUACCCCUGUCAAUGCAGUGUGGUUUGUGGUUAUCUUCAGCGUAGGUUUGAACUGCAUCGCCAUUGGCUCCACGCAAACAGCAACCGCAAUCUUCAAUAUCACUGCUCCAGCGCUAGACCUGUCUUACGUGUCUGUCAUUCUCGCCCAUCAGCUCUACAAAUCGAAAGUUAAAUUCAUCGAGGGCCCCUUUACGCUCGGCAAAUGGGGUACUCCUAUUAACUACAUUGCUGUUGUCUGGGUCUUGUUCAUCAGUACAAUUCUUUUCUUCCCGCCGCAGCUUCCUGUGACGCCCGCGAAUAUGAAUUACGCCAUCUGUGUCGGUGGUUUUAUUGCGGCUUUUGCUUUGAUAUGGUGGUGGGUUGCAGCUCGAGGAAAGUACACUGGUCCUCAAACCAAUGAUAUCAUACGAGAAGUUCCCACUGAGGACGAUGGCGACGAUUCCGAAGGAUCAGGCGAGAUCGCUGUUUAG